CAGAGAUCAGGAUGCGCACACUCCCAAUCAUGCUCAUACGUUGUACACGUACUUUUAAUUAAUUAAUAAUAAAUACUAAUAAAGUUGUGAAUACAUGUACAGUGUACGAUACAGCAGUGAAUACAAUUGUAGACCCCAUCUAAUAAUACUUUCUACGGCUACGUUCCAUGCCCUUGCUAGAAAUAACAUGAGUCAUUGAUUUCAACAAGCUCAAUCUCAAUCGACAGGCCGCUAGAAAAAACGUUAAUUGUGUUUUCUUCUCGAUGUUUAGUUCUCAUGCUAGUUUAAAGAGGAGGACAGGUGGUAAUGGAACAGACCGCUUCCAGUUUAUUCAGUCUCUAGUGUCCGAAUUCCAAGAUACGUCGAGCAAGGCUUGCAGAGAACAGAUUGUAGCCAAUCUUGCCAAUUUCGCGUACGAUCCGAUCAACUACGAGCAUCUACGACGUCUAAACGUACUGGAUCUGUUUCUGGAUAUGCUGUCGGAAGACAACGAAACCCUGGUCGAGUUCGCUAUUGGAGGCAUCUGUAAUCUGUGUCUAGAUCCGCUCAACAGACAUCAUGUUGUUUCUAACAGCGGGAUCCCACUUAUAGUGCAGUGCCUAGCGAGUUCUAACGAAGAAACAGUGCUGUCCGCCAUGUUGACGAUGAAAUAUCUGGAAACAUCCGAGACGAGACAGCAGAUCCGAUCCGAUCCUGUGGUUGAGUGUAUGACGAAGUAUUCGAGCUCCAGCAACGCUCGCCUUCGCAAUCUUGCUACAGUGUUCUUGCAGGACGGACCGCCAACUGUACAGUAGCUG